AUGAAGCGCAAGGAACCGUUGUCCGAGGGCCAGGCCAGCGCGGCAAAACGCCCACGAGCGCGUGUAGAAGUUCCCGACUAUCACGCGACCGCAUCGCACACAGAUGAAGUGACAGGACUGCCAAUAUGGCCAGCUCCAGAAGCCCAGAUGAAGCAAGCUAGGGACAUCAUCCUUGAUUGUGCCCGUUCGCAGAAACGGACCAUGAUCGUGCCAGACAAGGAUGCAGAUGGACUCUCGUCUGGUGUCAUCCUAAGGCGUACAUUGGUGCUUCUGGGGCUCAAACCCGAUCUGAUUCAUGUGCAUCUGCUGAGUAAAGGUCGAACGGUUCACCAUGAGGACGAAAGGAAGGCUAUGGCUGCCGUGUCCCCCGAGUACAUAUUUGUUCUUGACCAGGGCUCGCGCAAAUCUGGGCCUCUAAUAGAUGCUCCCCACACCGGUUUGGUCAUCGAUCACCAUAAUGCUACGCCUGAAGACUUCCCGGAAGGAUCUUUUUUUUGUACGGCAAACAAAUCUCCACCAGUGGUAACGUCUGCUCUUCUGACCUUUCUGCUCUGCGAACCGCUUCACGAUGGUGUCAGGGACGAGACCGACUGGCUAUGCGUUGUUGGAACGCAUGGCGAUCUGGGGAACACCUUGAAGUGGGAGAGACCAUUCCCUGAUAUGACACCUACACUCAAAAAGUACACAAAGAAGGCACUCAACGAUGUGGUAUCGUAUGUGAAUGCACCUCGACGGACAGCAACAUACGAUGUCAGCUCUGCUUUCGACGCACUUCUGACGGCUGUGCAUCCUAAAGACGUCCUGAAGCAUUCGAGAUUACUCGCAGCUCGUCAAGAGGUCAAUGCCGAAGUCGAGCGAUGCACACAUACAGCGCCCAAGUUCAGCCAGGAUGGCAAGGUUGCUGUGUUCCGGAUCAAGUCUGAGGCGCAGGUGCAUCCAGUCAUCGCAACGAGAUGGGCUGGUCAUCUCCAGAGUAAGGCUCUCGAGAUCGUGAUGGUGGCUAAUGAGGGGUACUUGCCGAACAAGGUCAACUUCAGCUGCCGAGUACCCAGAUGUGCCAAAAGCCGAGAUCCACCAGUCGACAUUAUCCAAAGCUUGAAAGACUAUGCCAGCUUGAAGUUGGUGAAGAAUGAGGACGACGCUGAUGCCAACCUACCCAAUGGGUCUGAGAUUCCGCUUCUGGAACGAUUAGGAGACGAUUUCGCUCGAGGACACGUGCAGGCUAGUGGAGGCAUAGUCGAUGUGGAGCAAUUUGAAGAACUCAUGCGUCUGAUGCGCGUUGGAGAGAAGAAGGACAAGACAAAAGGAGCAGGUCCACAGAAGGGGAAAAAGGCAAUUGACGCAGGACAGAGCAACAAACUAACGAGUUAUUUCGGGAAGAAAUAA